AUGUGGACACUGUCUAUCUCACCACUGCUGUGUGUCCAGGUGCGGAUCCGACCCGCCGGCCACCCGGUGCAGGAGCGCUACUUCUCACCCGUGUCUCUACCCGACGAGCCCGACCGGCUGCAGCUCAUCCUCAAGUUCGAGACGGCUGGCAUUCUGUCGCACCAUUUCCAGCAGCUUAAGCCGGGAGAUUCGAUCGAGGUGAUGGGUCCGUGCGGCGGCUUCGAGUACCACGCCAACACCACGGACCACCUGACCCUGAUGGCCUCGGGCGCCGGGGUCACGCCCUGUCUGCAGCUGGUGCGCUCCAUCAUGGCGGACCCGCAGGACCGCACCCAGGUGCACCUGCUGUACUACUCCGAGACCAUCGACGACGUCCUGCUCAAGGACGAGCUGGACAAAUACCAGGGCACCGACCAGCGGCUGAAAGUCCUAUACAGCCUGGGCGAGGCACCGGAGAACUGGGACGGCGAGGAAGGCUUCAUCGAUACCGACAUGAUCCGACACACGGUGCCAACACCCAAUGGAGGCCGCUGCAAGAUGGUGCUGUGUGGCGGUCCGACCAUGAUCAUCUCCACUCUGAGCUCGCUGCGACAGCUGCACUACCCGGCCCGCGACAUCUUCGUCUACGGCCAGUUCGGCGCCGAGCACGUCCGCAUGGUCUUCGGCCGCAACGUUCAGCUGUCCGGCCACUCGUCCAGCUGCGCCGUCUGAGGUCACGCGUGUACCGUCGGAAGCCACGCGUGCACCACUGUCACACGUGCACUGUCUGAUUACGCGUGAACCGCCAUCACACAUGGACUUUCUGAGGUCACGUGUGUACCGCCCGAGGUCAAACUGAUAGCCCUUGUGGCCGUCUGUACCGCCUGAGGGCAUCUAUGCCGGCGGAGGCCAUCUAUACCGACCGUCUGUAGUCAUCUGUAUCGUCUGAGGGUACACGAUACCGUCAAAGGGCACUGGUAAACCGUCACUGGUCACCGGUCACCGGUCACUGGUCACUGGUCACUGGUCACUGGACACUGGUGACCCAUGGACGGAGGGUUCGUCUCUACCGUUUCCCGUGUAUUGUCUGAUGCACGUCUAGCCCUGUGUGCCGAAGACGGCUCAAUUUGCCACGAAAUUUGUAUUAUCCCUGUGGUUAAAGUUUGUCGGAGUACCUAUGUCCCGAUUAAAAGUACAUGUUUCACCAUAGGUAACCCGACACAAGCACUGUACGGUCCAAGGGUCUGCGGAGAGCAUAAACCCACCCGGAUGUACUAGACACCAGCCCGGCGCAUGUGCAGUGCUAACAAUGGUCGUGUCGCCUAUGUAGCAAAAGGGCCUUGGUGAGCAUGUUCGGUAAUGUGUACUGGAUGUUUAACCUCCCAGCUUGUACAGUAACACAGUAUGGUGUGACGGUAUGUUUUGCUUUCCCAGAGUUUGCCUCCCGACCUCGCCUUUAAGCACCUUGAUGCGCUGGUCUCACCAAGACGUGGACCAGCUUUUACAUAUGCAUGCAUGUUGCAUCGCUGUGGGAUGAUAAAAGGUCAUUACACCAGCGCAUGUGUGGUUUGCUUGCUUACUUCUAUCUGUGUAAAUUAUACACCCGGCACAUCGCGAUACAUGGCAAGUUACAUGAACAUAUUUAAACAGUUACAUAAACAUUUUUUUUCCAAAACCCUCCAAAAGCCAACAUGAUCUUAGAAAAGGGUCAUUGUGAAUUCCCCCGUGGGGAAGAAAUAAGAGCCAUUUAUUUGCCUUUCGUUGAAUUUGCGUGAUGCAUCUUGUUUGUUUAUGCUUUCCCCUAAAAUGAGUGCGUCAAGCCUUCGUAGCUUUUAUUACAGACGGAUUUUGACGAAUUUGUAUGCUGCAAACAUAACAGAACACCGGAAAAGCGUGGCAAAUGAAACUUUUACUUUCGUAAUGGGGAACAAGGAGUCUACCGCGAUUUCUUUCGCCAGGGCGGCUGACAAACGGAAGUUCUGAGCUUUGAGAAGGAUUUCAAGAAAUUGGUAUUGUGCAUAAAACCAGACACGUCUAAUCUAAUAAUAUACGAAAAGUACAAAAAAGGUGCCCGUCUGCCUUUACGUCGCGACCAUUCUUGAUAAUGCAGGACCUAACCAGGUUCGCCCACCUGGGCGUUGCGUAAAUGGAAACGGGGUACUUGUGCGAUUAGGGAAGGCACGAAGCGGUGUUUUUUUUGCGUGAGCGGCGCGUUUGAAUAAUGAUACUCUGGCAAGCCACAGGCGUAGAAUGCGGCCUCUCAAUAUCAAGAGAACAGGAGGUACUGACAAGCAGAGACAUCGGUUAGCAGAACAUGACCCAAAACUCGGUGUUGUAGUGGCUUGACUUCCCAAAACCCAAAUUUUGGCACGAUGUCAAGCAACAGUAUUCCAUCCCAACCGUGUGUCCUACUGGAUAGGAUUAGUUCGGCAAAAUGGUGGGGUCAAUGGUGAGUAGGUGUUAACGGAUGUGGAAGAAUAACUGCAUCGUGAAUGGUGGAAAGAAUGCAAAAAAAAUAUGGAACAAUGAUGCGCUUAGUCCGUAGAGACCAGCAGAAGGAAGAACAACCCAGCAUAGGGGAGAGCUGGACGAAUAAUAAAAGUUAAAUCAUAGUUACA